AUGAGCGAGGGACAACUCGGAGUGGGUUUCGACUUCGGCACAAGCGGCGUUCGAGCCGUGGUGAUUGAUGUCGAAGGCGAGGUGAAGUUCGAUUCCUCGCUAAGGUGGGCUGCACCGGACGACCCUGACGAGUGGCUGAGGGCGGCGGACACGCUGAUGGGGGACGUGCCGCUAGCUCUGCGCAAGCGAGUGUCGAGGGUAUGUUUCAGCGGCACGUCGGCGUCCUGUCUUUUGGUUGACGUCCAUGAUCCCUGCAGAGUAACGCGAGGCCCCCGGAUGUACUCGUACAACACGCUGACGGAGCCCAUUUCGAUGGAGGCGGCCCGGAGAGCUCUUGGUGCACUGGAACAGAUCGCGCCGGACAAGCACACCACGCUCAGCGGGACCUCGGCGCUGAUGAAGCUGGUGUGCUGGCACCUCGAGAGCCCGAUCGCGCCGGAGGAGGCGUUUUCCCACCAGGCGGACUACGUCGCGGCGCACGCCAGGGGAGCGAGGGGCCCGGGCUCGAUCGUUUCUGACUGGAACAACGCCCUCAAGGCGGGGUUCGACGUGGACACCCUGCGGUGGCCCGGGUGGUUGCUGGAGAGCAAGCUCGGCGAGGAGAUAGGGCGUUGUCUUCCCGAGGUGACGAUGCCGGGAGCCGUGGUCGGGCCGGUGUCCGCCAGCAUGGCGUCGAGGUUCAACUUGCCACCCACGUGCUCGGUGGUGGCCGGUACGACAGACAGCAUCGCUGCCUUCAUCGCCGCAGACGCCACCACCCCCGGCCACGCGGUCACCAGCCUCGGUAGCACCCUCGCCGUCAAGAUGCUCAGCGAGCGUCGCGUGGAAGACGCAUCACGAGGGGUAUACAGCCACCGCUUAGGCAACGCCGGGAGAGAUCGAGGGCCCGCCAACGCCAAGGUGGAGGAAAUCAACCAAAACCAGCAGGGGCGGCGAGAAGGCGGUAGCGAUGGUGUCAACGCCGACGAUGCGGACGCGGAUGCGGAUGCGGAUGCGGAUGCGGAUGCCGACCUGUGGUUGGUGGGAGGGGCGUCGAACGUCGGGUGUGCGGUCCUGAGGGUCGAGGGCUUCGAGUCGUCGGAGCUUGAGGCACGAAGUAGCGACAUCGAUCCGUCGACGGACUCCCCAUUAGAGUACUACCCCUUGCAGAGGGGCACCGUGGGGGAGAGGUUCCCAACCAACGACCCCCUCAAGAAAUCGAUCCUGGAGCCAAGGCCGGAGAACCGGACGGAGUACUUGCACGGCCUGCUUCACGCCAUCGCCAGAGUGGAGAGCGAGGGGUACGCGGCUCUCGAGGCGCUCGGCGCGACGAAGCUCAAUAGGGUCGACACGGCGGGGGGCGGGGCGGUCAAUCCCACCUGGAUGGCGAUGCGGCAGCGAAUGCUCGGAGUCCCUACCGUCGUUUGACCAUUGACCUCGCAUCCCUACAAAGCCGGGACGGAGCACGCCGGGUUCUCACCGGAC